CAGCUCUGCAUCAACUUCACCAAUGAGAAACUGCAACAGUUCUUCAACCACCACAUGUUUGUGCUGGAGCAAGAGGAGUACAAGAAGGAAGGCAUUGAAUGGGAGUUCAUUGACUUUGGGAUGGACCUGGCUGCCUGCAUUGAACUCAUUGAGAAGCCCAUGGGCAUCUUCUCCAUCCUGGAAGAGGAGUGCAUGUUCCCCAAGGCAACUGACACCUCUUUCAAGAACAARCUCUAUGACCAGCACCUGGGCAAGUCCAACAACUUCCAGAAGCCCAAGCCUGCCAAAGGCAAGGCUGAGGCCCACUUUUCCCUGGUGCACUACGCUGGCACAGUGGACUACAACAUCUCUGGCUGGCUUGAGAAGAACAAGGACCCCYUGAAYGAAACUGUCAUUGGGCUCUACCAGAAAUCAUCUGUGAAGACACUGGCCCUACUCUUUUCUGCCUAUGGUGGGGAAGCAGAUGCUGGUGGUGGAGGCAAGAAGGGUGGUAAGAAGAAGGGUUCUUCUUUCCAGACCGUCUCAGCUCUUUUCCGGGAAAAUCUAAACAAGCUGAUGGCCAACCUGAGAAGCACUCAUCCCCAUUUUGUACGCUGCAUCAUCCCAAAUGAAACAAAAACCCCUGGUGCCAUGGAGCAUGAGCUGGUGCUGCACCAGCUGCGGUGCAAUGGCGUGCUGGAAGGGAUCCGAAUUUGCCGGAAGGGAUUCCCCAGCAGAGUCCUCUAUGCUGACUUCAAACAGAGGAUGAAGCUGUUCUUCAAGAUCAAGCCCUUGCUGAAGAGCGCAGAAUCAGAGAAGGAGAUGGCCAAUAUGAAGGAAGAAUUUGAGAAAACCAAGGAAGAGCUUGCAAAGUCUGAAGCAAAGAGGAAGGAGUUGGAGGAGAAAAUGGUGGCUUUGCUGCAGGAAAAAAAUGACCUGCAGCUACAAGUGCAGGCUGAAGCAGAUAGCUUGGCCGAUGCAGAGGAAAGAUGUGAUCAGCUGAUCAAAACCAAAAUCCAGUUGGAAGCCAAAAUAAAGGAGGUGACUGAAAGAGCAGAGGAUGAGGAGGAAAUCAAUGCUGAGCUGACAGCCAAGAAGAGGAAACUGGAGGAUGAAUGCUCAGAGCUGAAGAAAGAUAUUGAUGACCUUGAGCUAACAUUGGCCAAAGUUGAGAAGGAAAAGCAUGCCACCGAAAACAAGGUGAAAAACCUCACUGARGAGAUGGCAGUCCUGGAUGAAACCAUUGCCAAGCUCACAAAAGAGAAAAAGGCCCUCCAAGAGGCCCACCAGCAGACACUGGAUGACCUGCAGGUAGAAGAGGACAAAGUCAAUACUCUGACCAAAGCUAAAACCAAGCUGGAACAGCAAGUGGAUGAUGUGGAGGAAAAGGAUGCCUUGAUUUCUCAGCUGUCUAGAGGCAAGCAGGGCUUUACCCAACAGAUUGAGGAACUGAAGAGACAUCUAGAUGAAGAAGUAAAGGUGAUCGUUGUUCCAGCCAAGAACGCCCUGGCUCAUGCCUUGCAAUCUGCYCGYCACGACUGUGACUUGCUGCGGGAGCAAUAUGAAGAGGAGCAGGAAGCCAAGGGCGAGCUGCAGCGYKCCYUGUCCAAGGCCAACAGUGAAGUGGCCCAGUGGAGGACCAAAUAUGAGACGGAUGCCAUUCAGCGCACGGAGGAACUGGAGGAGGCCAAUGCACUUGGCCUGUGCCUGAUAUUUUUACUGUCAAGAAGCAYCUCAGUAUACAUCCUGAAGUUACGAGUCCUAAUGUYUCCCCAGGCCAAGAACGCCCUGGCUCAUGCYUUGCAAUCUGCCCGCCACGACUGUGACUUGCUGCGGGAGCAAUAUGAAGAGGAGCAGGAAGCCAAGGGCGAGCUGCAGCGYKCCYUGUCCAAGGCCAACAGUGAAGUGGCCCAGUGGAGGACCAAAUAUGAGACGGAUGCCAUUCAGCGCACGGAGGAACUGGAGGAGGCCAAGAAGAAGCUGGCACAGCGUCUGCAGGAUGCCGAGGAACAYGUUGAGGCUGUGAACUCCAAAUGUGCUUCYCUGGAAAAGACAAAGCAGCGGCUGCAGAAUGAAGUGGAGGACCUGAUGAUUGAUGUGGAAAGGUCGAACGCAGCUUGUGCAGCUCUGGACAAGAAGCAGAAGAAUUUCGACAAGAUCCUGUCAGAGUGGAAGCAGAAGUAUGAGGAAACACAGGCUGAGCUGGAAGCCUCCCAGAAGGAGGCUCGCUCUCUCAGCACRGAGCUKUUCAAGAUGAAGAAUGCCUAUGAGGAGUCCCUGGACCACCUGGAAACCCUGAAGCGGGAGAACAAGAACUUGCAGCAGGAGAUUUCUGACCUCACAGAGCAGAUUGCAGAAGGUGGAAAGGCAAUACAUGAAUUGGARAAAGCAAAGAAGCAGGCCGAACAGGAGAAAUCAGAAAUCCAAGCUGCUCUGGAGGAGGCAGAGGCCUCCCUAGAACAUGAAGAAGGCAAAAUCCUUCGCCUGCAACUGGAACUCAACCAGAUCAAGUCUGAGAUUGACCGGAAGAUAGCAGAAAAGGAUGAGGAAAUCGACCAGCUGAAGAGAAACCAUCUCCGAGUUGUGGAGUCCAUGCAGAGCACGCUGGAUGCUGAGAUCAGGAGCAGGAAUGAAGCCCUGAGGCUGAAGAAGAAGAUGGAGGGAGACCUGAAUGAAAUGGAGAUCCAGCUGAGYCAUGCCAACCGCGUGGCUGCAGAKGCMCAAAAGAACCUGAGAAACACACAGGCGGUGCUAAAGGAUACCCAGAUCCACUUGGACGAUGCUGUCAGGACACAGGAGGACCUGAAGGAGCAGGUGGCCAUGGUGGAGCGCAGAGCCAACCUGUUGCAGGCUGAAAUUGAAGAGCUACGGGCAGCCCUGGAGCAGACAGAGCGCUCCAGGAAAGUGGCUGAGCAGGAGCUGCUGGAUGCAACGGAACGCGUGCAGCUCCUCCAUACCCAGAACACCAGCUUGAUCAACACCAAGAAGAAGCUGGAAACAGACAUCAUGCACAUUCAGGGAGAAAUGGAAGAUACAAUCCAAGAAGCCCGCAAUGCUGAAGAGAAGGCCAAGAAGGCCAUCACAGAUGCRGCCAUGAUGGCAGAAGAGCUGAAGAAGGAGCAGGACACGAGUGCCCACCUGGAGAGGAUGAAGAAGAACUUGGACCAGACAGUGAAGGACCUGCAGCACCGUCUGGAUGAGGCUGAGCAGCUGGCACUGAAAGGAGGCAAGAAGCAAAUCCAGAAGCUGGAGGCCAGGGUGAGGAAUCAGAAUGUUGGCACACAAUUCCCAAGGGGAAUUGGUAACUUCCUGCUGUGGAAACAAUUCACUCUCUUUUCUGCUUACUACCUGCUCUAGUCUGAGGAAGACCGGAAGAAUGUUCUCAGGCUCCAGGGUCUAGUGGACAAGCUGCAAAUGAAAGUGAAGGCCUACAAGAGACAAUCUGAGGAGGCAGAGGAGCUGUCCAAUGUCAACCUCUCCAAAUUCCGCAAGAUCCAGCACGAGCUGGAGGAAGCCGAGGAGCGGGCUGACAUUGCAGAGUCGCAGGUCAACAAGCUGCGAGCCAAGAGCCGCGAGUUUCACAGCAAGAAGAUAGAAGAGGAAGAGUGA